CACUUGCAGUGCAGCCAGACGCCAGCAGCAGCAUCCAGCUCGGAGGAGGAGACGCGGCGCACGAACCCAUCUGGCCAUAUUGUGCAGCAGCAGCAUCUCUCCGCAAAUCGGCUGCGUCACACACAAACACACGCACACCAGCGCCGGAGCCACUGAAGACGCCGCAGCAGCAGAGAUACACCGAUUCACAAGAGCUGGUUGGUGUGUUUUUUCUCCUGUUGGGAAAAAUGGUGAAGCUGGGGAAUAAUUUCAGCGAGAAGAACAACGGGAAGGCGGUUUGUGAAGACGGAUUCGACACCAUCCCUCUCAUAACACCGCUGGAUGCCAGCCAGCUGCAGUUUCCUCCACCAGACAAGUUGGUGGUGAAGACAAAGGCAGACUACGAUGGCGAGAGCAAGAAGGGGAAGCUACGAUCACCGAAAAUCGCAGAGUUCUCAAUAAGCAUCAUCGAAGGCGUCUCUGAGCGACUCAAGGUGACCUUGCUGGUGAUCUGUGCCCUGGCCUUCCUGGUGUGCGUGGUGUUCCUGGUGGUCUACAAGGUCUACCAGUACGAGCAGCCCUGCCCCGACAGCUUCGUCUACACGCAAGGACGCUGCAUGCCGGCUGGGAUGUAUGGCAACUUCCCCCCUCAGGGCCCUGGGGGCCGCGGGCGCCUCUUCACCCUCAUCAACCACUACAACAUAGCCAAGCAGACCAUCACUCGGUCAGUAUCACCAUGGAUGACCAUCAUGUCUGAGGAGAAGGUCACCCAGCAGGAGACGGAGACCGCCCAGAAGCUGGCUUAACCCACCUGGCAUCAGGAGGUGGGCUCACCUGCUGCAGAGGAAUAAACGCAUCGCGUACUGAUGGCGCAUGUCAGGCCUCUCCGGGUCCAGCGAGUUUGCAGCAUAUUUGCCACUGAGGUCAUAAUUUUAUUGUCAUGAUAUUAUGAACAACAACAAAAAAAAGAGGUUUGAACUGGAAGAAAACUUUUAACCAGCAAGAAAAAAGAAAAAAGGAUUUGAAUUGACUAAUUAUUUUGAUUCAUCCCAUACUGCUCUCUGCAUAUAGUGCUGUUAAGGAGUUUAUAGUAUUUGAUGCAUCGAGUCUUUUAAACCAGCAUUACUGAUUGUCUCCAUUCAUUUGAACUGUUUGUGAACACCAUGUGCUUUUCUUUGCUGGCUACAUGAGACUUAACUCAGUGGUUACUUUUCGUAGCAUAAAUCUUACGCUACUCUAUUGAAUGUUUUUUGCAUUGCUAGUGAAGACACUGUAUUGUGCAAUGCUUUGCAUUGACUCCUGUCGCCACAGAUGGCUGUCGGUUGCCAUCGCAGAUGCUAGACUUAGGUUUGAUGUAGUGGAACAAUCUGACAAUAGUUGCUUGUCCUGUUGCUUUUUUUCCCCCUGUAUUUGUCAUUUGACUUAAACUGUCACAGAUUAUGUACUUUUUUCAAACAAAGUGAUGAUUACCAUUGAAGUGCAUUUGCUACAUAAAAAUGUUCAAUGAAAAACUGAAAUAAAAGUGCCCACAUUUCACACCGA